AUUCAUUUGUGUUCAUUACAGACUGCUUCACAUACCUUUGUGACUUUCAUAGAAUGCAGUCCUGGGACAGAUGGUUACGUACAGGAACAAAUGGAUGUCAGCAAUUUAGAGAAGAAAUUAUGAAGUUACUGUGCAAUGUAGCAAAAGCUCGAAGUGAAUCUGAGUAUGAGGAGUCUGUGUCUAUUCUGAAGAACUCUGAAUAUUGGAAAGAAAACAAAAACUUGUCUACAUGGUUUCAGAAACAAUGGUUGUCUAAUAGCCGAAGAUGGGUCAGCUGUUACAGAAGGACUAUUUUUAACGUAAGAGUGAGUACAACUAAUGGGCUAGAACGGCAGCACCAGACACUGAAAGCUUCAUACCUGUCAGGGUACACAGACGGUACACUGACCUGUUUGGUUACAUGUUUGGUAACAAGAUUUCUGCCAGACAGUUAUAAGAGGUAUGUGGAAUACAACGUUAAGAGUUUGGACAUGUGCAGGGCAUACACUCCAAACUUGCCGAAUUUUCUUCACAACCGCCCAAAAAUGUUUGUAAAGCAUUGUGCUCAAAGGCUUCCUCCUUCACAAGAACAUAUUCCAAUGGAAAAUAUCAAGAAACAAGAAGAUGAGGCUGUAUUUACUAUCAAAAGCAUAGACAGCGGAUCUUGUUACACAGUAGAUUUGGGCGGUGCACUACCCAGUUGUAGUUGCAAAGAUUGGGAAAAGUUCCAUCUUCCUUGCAAGCAUAUGCUUGCUAUUCUUACACAAAUUGAAGGCUAUGGUUGGGACUCCUUAAAUGAAGAUUUUAGAGACUGUCCUCAUUUCUGUAUUGACCCAGAUUUGAAAAAUUCCUGCCAUUAUGAUAAAAAAGUCGCAAUUCCAGAGCCAUUAACAUCGAACAACAGAAGAAAUUUCAGUGUGAAAACCGAUAAACGUCAAACAAACCAGGAAGAAUUAAGUAUAAAUAUAGAUAAAAAUCCGCAAAUAAAGCCCAAAAAAACAGCCAUAGGGUCAAGAUGUAAAGGGUUGUCCUCAAGCAUACACAGUCUCAUGUUUUUAAUAAAGAAGAGAGAGGACUACGAGGAAAUUUUUCAAGAUUUAACCCAAUUAUAUUCCAAGUUGAAGAAGAUGGUGCCUACAGAAGGAGGUUUAAGAACAAGACCUGUAAAAUUCGGACGCAAAGACAGGCUCUUUAAACACGGUCAGCUGAACCUUAGGAAAAAUAAAAGGAAUCAAAGAGGACACCAAAGUUUCAUAGGAAGAAGACAGAAAAGUAAAAAGGAUUGCUACAAACAUGGUACAAAUUCAAAUGGAGAAGCUUUGAAUCCACAAAGAGCCAACCAUAGUAGACAGAACUGUAUUAUUCCACAAGACAGUUGUAUGAAUAUUACAGAAAAUUUGGAAGAAUCCAUCAGAGAUACUGAAUUGGAACAUCUAGAUACAUUGGUAGUAGGCACAGCAUCACAGACAGAAAUAGAUGAAGCAGAAGCUGAUGGACUGGUUGAAAAGUUAUGGGCACUUGAUAGAGAUUUUGACGUUCCAGUUGCCAAGGUAUACGGCAUAUCUGUCACAGAUACUGAUAUAAGGUCUCUUAAUGGAACUCGUUGGUUGACAGAUAAUGUGAUUGACGGUUUCCUGGAAAUGCUUACCAAUCAAGAAAAUGACAAGGGCACAAAAAUACUGCAUAUACUGCAUUCAACAAUGAGAGGCAUAGUACUUGGCACAUACGAUCCCAGGAAUCAGAGAACAAUGAAGCUUAAGGUAUGUUAUUAUGUCUUCCACCACACAGUGGUGUGAGAGACAUAUUGAUUUACUCCAGUCUGUGUGUGUGUCUGUCACAAAGCUUGUCCGCACCCUUAAGUCGAACAUUUCUCAUCCGAUUUUCAACAAACUUAAACAAAAUG